CUAAAACAGGGUCAGCGAUAAUCUUGGCCAGAGUCAAACAGGCGCGCCGUAUUGGUUCCCAGUCCCCGGGCCAUCCCCCGCAUGCCCUCCUCCUUGGCGACACUGAGCAAUCCAGACAGCGCAUUCGAGUACCCAUACCGCUUGUCCGGCGGGCGGAUGGAGUCGCUCGUCAUCCGCACCAGAACGAUAUCUGGAACGAUGAUGAUUCGGUGCUCCAUGACGGCAGAAGUUAUCCCCGGUUGGGGCGCAAACGCACCAGCGGGAUUGCCUGCGAUUCCCCCGAGCGCACCGGCCAGACUCGCGGCUGUGAGGAGCUGCAGGGCCGAGGGCGGGCCGUUGUGGGAGAUGCGGGUCUUGAGCUCCUCGUAUGUGCCUAUCCGCACGAGCGUAUAGCUCAUUUGCCGCAACCAGGCUGCCGUGAGGCCCGUGUAGACGCUGCGGAUACCGGACUCGUGGAUGGAAGCACGUAAUACCGAUAUAAUAGAAGGCUUCUGCACCCCCGGCGCAGUCUCUAUCGUCUGCAUUCUCCUGGCGGGGUGUGAGCAGGGUCUCUAUCGGAGCCGGGGCACAUAUCGCGCACGCACACUUUGGCAAAGUCCAGCGGAUGCGUGAUGGACGUGGCCACUGGGGGAAAUAUCAGUGCGGAUGGCAUCGAAGCAGGCGGGGAUAACGCACAGGACGCAGCAACGCCUGCCCAGCCUCUUUUCAGACAGAAUCUUUCAACGGGGUCGGAGAGGGCUUCUGGUACGCACCAGAACGGAGUGUUCGUCAUGGUGAGCGCAACGAAAGGCGCGUUGACGGGUCCAAGGAGGUGGAAGCCGGAAUUUGACAAGAAGGCUUUCCGUCACGGCCGAGCGGGCCGAAAAUAAUCGAUGACGCGCCGGCUGCUCACCCGGCAAAUGCGGGAGCGAGGAUUUGCAAGACCUAUCACACUGCGUACUAGUACACUCUCCUGGAAUGAUAAUCUACUGCGCGAGCUAUCCCUUACCUACCUUGUGCAGGUGAAGCAAUGCCGCUUUGCAUCCCCAUCGCGUUCGAAUAAGCGCUUGAUGUCAUUAGAACCCACCACACGCGCUGUGCCUAUGAGGCGUGGUCAUUGUUUUAGGUAACGGUCGCGCCGUCCUCGACAUAGACACCACCACUUUGAGCGCAACAAGCGCCGGGGCCUGUACUAAAGUAGACGAGGAAGAAGGUUGUGUAAGGGCCUCAAGGCGAUUCCUGUUCAAGGUUCCCACCUCCCAGCAUGCGCCGCAGUGGUAUCGUGCACACCGGGUCCCUCGACGGGUCGCAAGAGCCUAAGUACCUUGACUUGGAAGAGGUCCGGGCGAAGGUGAACAUCAUCGAUGUCACCGCGCAAGUCAUCCUGACGCAAGCUUUCCGCAACACCUCGGCGCAUGCUACGGGGCGGGCGAAGUACUGCUUCCCCGUGCCCGCGGGCGCGGCGCUCUGCGCGUUCGAGCUCAGGACGGAGGACGGGGCGGUCGUGAAGGCUGUUUGCAAGGAAAAGACGCAGGCGCGACUCGAGUUCGAGCUGGCGCUGGAAGAGGGGCGCGAGACGGGUCUGCUGGACUGGGUGACGGACGACAUCUUCACCAUCUCGAUCGGGUCCGUGGCCGCAGGCGCUCGCGUGACGACGAAGGUUGUGUACACGAUGACUCUCAUGAACGACGACUAUGCGGACGAGAUCCGGUUCCAGAUGCCCAUGUGUGUGGGCGAACGCUACGGCCCCCCGCCCAGUGCUCUCGAGGGCGCAUCUGACCCAUCAUCCUCCACCCGGAUCCGCAUCACAGCCCACAUCCAGACGAGCGGGACUAUCGAUCACAUAACCAGUCCCAGCCACCCCAACGAGAUCACGCAGAGUCGCUACGAGACGGGACUGGGCCGAGCGUCGCGACGGCGGGUGACGGUGAACUAUCGCUCGAAGAACUUUUUGGAAUGUGAUUUCGUCCUGGUUGUGAGAGCGGAAGGACUGGACGAGCCGCGGUGUUUUGCGGAGCUGUACAGAGAUCCGAAAGGCCGACAUUCUGACACCCUUGCGCUGCAAUUCACUGUUGUGCUGAACAAGAAGCUCCCGUCCGUUUCUAGACAAGAGUUUGUUUUCGUGGUCGACAGGAGUGGGAGUAUGGGCGGCGCCCGUAUCGAGACGGCCAAGAGUACGCUGGGUUUGCUCCUCCGGAUGCUUCCUAACGAGAACACGUCCUUCAAUGUGUUCAGUUUCGGCAGUAAAUACAGCAGUCUGUGGUCCAACUCCCAGCCAUACAACGCAAGCACUCUCCAGAAUGCGUCAUUGCAUGUGGAUGCUAUGUCUGCUGAUAUGGGCGGCACCGAGAUCGGGAGCACCCUGAACGCGACGUUUUCGGCCCGAGACAAUUCUAGAGCCACAGCAGUGUUUCUUCUGACGGAUGGAGAGUCCAAUGGUCGGGAAGUCAUCAUUGCCGAUAUUCGGAGAGCUGUGCAGGCAUCUCACGCCGGUGGCUCUCGGCAUCAUCUGCGUGUUUUCUGUCUGGGCAUUGGUGAUGGCAUCUCAACCGACACAUGUGAGGGCAUCGCUAGGGCUGGAAACGGGGUCUGCCUCUUUGCCGUACAUACCGAAGACAUCGUUGGGCGAUGCGCGCGAUUGUUCCGCGCCGGACGCAAGAGCAUCGUGAAAGACAUCGCCAUUGAUUGGGGUGUUCCUCUGGAGCGACUGAGAUCGCCUGUUGUCAAUUUCACCACUCCGGAUGGUUCGACGAAAGCACAGCUGCGCCCUGCCCCUGCGGUGCAACAAUCGCCCAAAGACAUUCCGUCGUUUCACGCCGGAGUCAGGAUGUGCGUGUAUGCGAUCCUCACGUUGCGGACGAGCAUGGUGCCCAAGGAGAUUACGUUAACUGGGCGACUGGACGACGGCACCGCUUUCGAGCUGAGCAAAGUGCAAAUUCGGGGCGUGAAUCUCAAAGACGGCGAGCGCGGUCAUCCGGCCAUCCACAGCCUCGCGGCUUGGCGCCUCAUUCAGGAUCAGCAGGACAGCGCUGCUCCUCUUGCAGCCGUGUGGGGCGAUGCGCCUGACCAUGAAAUCCGCAAAGCGAGCAUCAUUCGCUUGGGAGCGCGAUACCAGAUUGCCACUCAGCACACCUCGUUCAUUGCGGUGAACAUUGCGCCACCACCAUCGCCGAAGCGGGCUCGCAGUCCAAUGCCUCCGAGGGACCCCAGUCCACCUCGUGACUCUCCGAUCGGACCUGUGGGAGCAGUUGUCCGUCGUUUAUUGGGCACUUUUUGGACUGCACCCUCAUCUCAAGACAACGAGGAGCCAGGACCGGAGCCAGAGGUGCCCGGAGCGUGGCACGAUGACCCUCAGCCGGACACUUCUCGGGACAACGACGGCGACGACGGCGACACAGACAGCGUGCGCACCUUCACGACGAUCAGCAGCCUCGAUCCCUCUCCUCGAUCAUCCUUGUGGACGAAUUGGACAGACGAUCCUCAGCAGCCGAUGUCAGAGGAGGAUGCUAUCAUGCAGCGCUGCCCGUCGCCGAAACUGGAGUCGCUCAGACUGGCCCCUCCUCACAUCCAGCGCCGCACGCAGCCGGCAACGCACGUUCAGACUGGGGCAUUGCCGCCGCCGCCACCUCCGAGAGCCACGGCGGUCCCAGCACAAGUCGUGCAGCUGGUUCGGUUGCAGAACUUCGACGGGUCCUUCAGCGAGGAUAGUGCACGUGCUGUUGUUGGCAGUCAGGCGCUGCAGCGACCCGCUGGAUUCGGGGUGCUCGUGACGGAUCAGGUGUGGGCGUCGGCGGUCUGCAUCGCGUUCAUGAUGGAUAAUCUGCCGGGCGCCGACCAGAAAGAGCUGUUGGAUGAGUUGGUUGAGAAGACGCAUCAGUUUUUGAUGGGCAGACUCGGUACGGAGUCCCAAGUGAAGGCCCUCGUCAAGAAGGCACGGCAGGAGCUGGCGAAGUGAAUACCCAGGGGCAUGUAUCAUACCACAUAUAUACUACGGCUUGUAUCGUCAGCGUGUAAUUUCUUGAAUUCUGUCUUGCUGUAAACUAGGACGAUUUGUUGGUAGUAUAUGGGUCUGGGUCGAAUCCUGGUGCUCGUUUGGGAAAUAUUGG